AUGGCACUCUCAGAUUUCAGACACCUACAAAUUCAUUCCUCAAUUCCUCCUCUCUUUUCCCAUUCUCACAUUCUCCCUUUUCUUCGUCUUCUUCCUUGACUCAAUCUCAACUUACCACCAAACUCACAUAUAUAAUCAACCCGACAACAAUGGCGUCGGAACUGAUCUUCCGAGGCGGCCAUGAAUCCCACCUCAAAUCCGACGAGUACGACUCACCAAAGCCUCUUAAACCAUGGCUAACCGUAACUCGUCCGAUUCACUACCUUCUUCGCGAGCAACGACUCGUGUUCCUCGUCCUCGGUAUCGGCAUCGCCACAUUGAUCUUUUCCCUCACCCCAUCGUCCUCCUCUUCGUCGCCGUCAUCUAAAAUUGACAUCAACAUGCUGCAUGAUUCAAUCGGCGGGGAAUCGUUCCUGACCGCCGAGUCAACUCGGCUGAUUCCGACCCACCAUAGCCGGGUCAGUGAUGGGUUUAGAUCUGGGAAGGUCCCAUUAGGGCUGAAACGAAAAGGGUUGCGGAUAGUUGUGACGGGUGGGGCCGGGUUUGUCGGGUCGCAUCUUGUGGACCGUUUGAUUGCGAGAGGUGAUAGUGUGAUUGUUGUUGAUAAUUUCUUUACUGGGAGGAAAGAGAAUGUGAUGCAUCAUUUUGGAAACCCUAGGUUUGAAUUGAUCCGACACGACGUCGUUGAGCCUCUUUUGUUGGAGGUUGAUCAGAUCUAUCAUUUGGCUUGCCCUGCUUCCCCUGUUCAUUACAAACAUAACCCUGUCAAAACUAUCAAGACAAAUGUGGUAGGAACAUUGAACAUGUUAGGAUUGGCAAAGAGAGUAGGUGCAAGGUUCCUUCUAACAAGUACUAGUGAAGUGUAUGGUGACCCUUUGGAGCACCCUCAGAAGGAGACUUACUGGGGCAAUGUUAACCCCAUUGGUGUUCGUAGUUGUUACGAUGAGGGAAAGCGUACAGCAGAAACAUUGACCAUGGACUACCAUCGAGGUGCUGGUGUUGAGGUGAGAAUUGCUAGGAUUUUCAACACUUAUGGACCUCGAAUGUGCAUUGAUGAUGGUCGUGUUGUUAGCAACUUCGUUGCACAGGCCUUGAGGAAAGAACCCAUGACUGUUUAUGGCGAUGGAAAGCAAACCAGAAGUUUCCAGUUUGUUUCUGACUUGGUUGAAGGUCUGAUGCGCCUAAUGGAGGGUGAGCAUGUCGGUCCUUUCAAUUUAGGAAAUCCUGGUGAAUUUACCAUGCUUGAACUUGCGAAGGUUGUUCAAGAAACAAUAGAUCCAAAUGCAAAGAUAGAAUUCAGGCCUAAUACCGAGGAUGAUCCUCACAAGAGGAAGCCUGAUAUCGGUAAGGCUAAAGAGUUGCUUGGCUGGGAGCCUAAGAUUGCACUUCGCAAAGGUCUGCCCAUGAUGGUUUCUGACUUCAGGCAGCGUAUCUUUGGUGACCAGAAGGGAGGUGACACCACCACCACCGCAUUUUAAGUUCUGCCUUAGCUUGCGUCUAUAGGAGGAAUUCUGGCACAUAAAACGAUUUCUGCUCCAUUCUCCCUGGGCGACCCUCGACUGUAUACCAUCGCAAGGCUCGAGUAGUAGCAGAUCUGGCUUCCAAUUGGCUCCCUUCGCUAGAUUAUAGAUAUGUAGAGCUUAUAGUCUUCAGCAUUUAUAUUAUUAUAUAUUGUCCUAUUUUUGUUCGUUGCUGAUAUCCAUGUAGACGCUGCAUUAAUACUAUUCCGUAAUCAGUUUUUUCUCAGCUAUCAGGUUAUUCUUUUUCCUAAUCGAGGGUUAAUAAUGACAUAAAUGAUUAUAAUUAGUAGUUUAUGCAACUGAUGUAUUAUCGUCUCGUAGAUCUUAUAUUUUAGGUUUUUCUCUCGUGAGAAGUGUUUCUAGAAUGUAUUUCAUUUUUAUGAAAAAAA